UUCAUAUAUAUAAUUAAUUCUAAAGAGACAGAUAAAUUACAUUUAUAAAAAAAAAUAGUAAGGGUUGAACCUUACCUAAAUUCGUGCGACUAAUCUAAACAUAGAAUGUUAUGGCGAACACAGUUAUUGCCUAAGAAUUGUGGUUACAGAAUAUACUGGCAGGAGUCUGCUCGCCUAUGCGGCGAUGCGAGUCUGCACGCCUGAGCGGCGGUGCCAGUCUGCUCGCCUAUGCGGCGGUGCGAGUCUGCACGCCUGAGCGGCGGUGCCAGUCUGCUCGCCUAUGCGGCGGUGCGAGUCUGCACGCCUGCGAGGCGGUGCAAGUCUGCUCGCCUAUGCGGCGGUGCGAGUCUGCUCGCCUACGAGGCGGUAAGCUAUCGGAUAUGCUGAGCUCCAAUCGGCUGCGACACAAGUCUGAUGGAACGACUUGGAAGGCGCAGAAGGUGCAGGAGUUCUGUGGUGCUGCUGCUGGUCUUCGUGGGCGAAGAAUUCUCAUCAGGGAGGCCGAGCUAAUAACCGAUUGUGGUGCUUGCUGUGUCAAGCCCUACGGUCGGUGUCGCGUCACUAGUUGGCGCGGGUGGAGCUGUCAGAGGAUCGUCCGCCAUUACCGCGUCGUGCUGUGAAUUGUCCC